CGUAGAGCCCUGGAGGUGUUAGCUAACAGUGCUAACAGUGCUAACAGCUGACAGAACUGACAGCCUGCAGUCUAGUGAGCUGCACAGGAAGCUGGUCCGUCGCUGUGUGUGGUCCGGGUCUGUGGCUGCGAGGCUGUUCAGAGCUCUGACUGCUUGUGUUCAUGUCGGUGUCACUGCUCGUGUGUCGGUGUCACUGCUCGUGUGUCGGUGUGUCCGUCUAACGGGGAUCUGAUUCCGGUUCCCCGUCCCGGCUGGCUUCAGUUCCGGUAAAUCCCGGUGCCCUUUCACCCAGUUUCUGUCUCCCGUAUCUUUAACAGCCCAUUCAAGAUGCCUGGAACCUCUGAGACCAGUUGUAUGGGACCAUGGCCCAAGGACGUGGGCAUCAUCUCCAUGGAGCUGUACUUCCCGUCCCAGUACGUGGACCAAGCCGAGCUGGAGCAGUUCGACGGCGUGGCAGCCGGCAAGUACACCAUCGGCCUGGGCCAAGCUCGCAUGGGCUUCUGCUCGGACUGCGAGGACAUCAACUCCUUGUGUCUGACGGUGGUCCAGAGGCUGAUGGAGAGGAACGGCCUGUCCUACGACAGCGUGGGUCGGCUGGAGGUCGGCACAGAGACCAUCAUCGACAAGUCCAAGUCCGUGAAGACGGCCCUCAUGCAGCUGUUCGAGGACUCGGGGAACACGGACGUGGAGGGAAUCGACACCACCAACGCCUGCUACGGAGGCACGGCCGCGCUCUUCAACGCCGUCAACUGGGUGGAGUCCAGCUCCUGGGACGGCCGUUAUGCUUUGGUGGUAGCGGGGGACAUCGCAGUUUACGCAACAGGAAGUGCACGGCCCACAGGGGGCGCUGGUGCAGUGGCCAUGCUGGUGGGACCGAACGCACCUCUGGCCUGUGAACGAGGUCUGCGAGGAACUCACAUGCAGCACGCGUAUGACUUCUACAAGCCUGACCUGAUGUCUGAGUAUCCUGUGGUGGACGGCAAGCUGUCCAUCGAGUGCUACCUGGGGGCCUUGGACCGCUGCUACUCCGUGUAUCGCAACAAGAUCCACGCCCAGUGGCAGCGAGAGGGCUUGGAGAACCGCUUCAGCCUGGAGGACUUUGGUUAUCUGGUCUUUCACUCCCCGUACUGUAAGCUGGUGCAGAAGUCGUUGGCCAGACUGAUGCUGAACGACUUUCUGAGCCACCCGAGCCCCAACACCGAGACCGGAGCCUUCACCGGCCUCGACGCCUUCAGAGAUAUUCGACCAGAAGAAACCUACUUUGACCGGGAUGUGGAGAAGGCCUUCAUGAAGGCCAGUGCCGAUCUGUUUGAGAGGAAGACCAAGGCCUCGCUGAUGAUCUCCAACCAGAACGGAAACAUGUACACGCCCUCCGUCUACGGCUGCCUGGCCUCUGUCCUCGCACAACACACACCGGCGCAGAUCGCAGGACAGAGGGUCGGACUCUUCUCCUACGGUUCAGGAUUUGCUGCGACUCUGUAUUCUCUCCGCGUCACACAGGACCACACCCCCGGAUCGACUUUGGACAAACUGGUGUCGAGCCUGAGCGACCUGAAGGUGCGCCUGGACUCCAGGAGGAAGGUCUCACCGGCCGUCUUCUCUGAGAACAUGAAGCUGAGGGAGGAGACGCACCACUUGGCCAGCUACGUGCCCCGAGGCUCGGUGGACGACCUGUUCCCGGGGACGUGGUACCUGACGCGCGUGGACGACAAACACCGCAGGGAAUACGCCCGCUCUCCUCUGGACCGCGACCUGCCGGCUGAGCCCGAACUCCUCGCCCGCUCCAACGCAGCCACAGAGCAGCACAUCCCGAGUCCAGCCAAGAAGAUGCCUCGCAUCCCCGCCAGCGUCCCCGAGGCGGCCGUCAGCAACUGAGAGCGUCCGUCUCCAAGGGACCUCAGUCCAGACCGGUCCAGGUCAGAAGAGGCCCCUCCCACUUCAUCAUUAAUUCAACCUCAUUAGCUCGGAGCAGUGUGGAGACGGCUGGACAUCCCAUCAUGCCCCUGCUGGCCACAUGUGACACUGUCGGACAGUAAGAACUAGUUUAAUUUUAAAGUUGACAUUUUUACACGAGCUCCCUUUUGCAUUUGUGCAAAACUGGACCGUUGUUAAUCCGGGAGCGGCUCAGGCAGAUGUUUGUGAAACAAGCGGACUUCCUGCUGGCAGCUGGCAGCCGGCGACAGGAAGAGGAAGUGGACAUUAACGUGGCUUCAGGCCUCCUGCUGAUUAACGGGGGGGGGCCCUCAACUGUGUUUAUCGAUUAAAAUAGUACUUCCCCCCCCAUGAACAUACACACACAUCAAGGUUUAAUAAAACAACAUCGGUGUUAGUUCUGUUACACCGUGGCUCCUGUUGUGCAACCAGAAACACAGACGGCCACAAAGUUCUGCAGUUAUAGUUUUUAUUCUAGAAAGAAUAAAGACAAAGACAACCUCCUACUAGAGGCCUGUUCCUUUCUCAGUACAGAAAAGAGUGAGAAACAAACUGGAUCUGGAUCCUGGACGAGACCCACUUGUUACACCGUGGCUCCUGUUGGACCAGAAACCCAGACGGCCCAGUUCCUAUAUUCUGUCUUUUCUUUGGUUCUGUAGAUUAUAAAAUACAGAAAGUCACUCGGUGGAGCUCGAACCUCUUGACGACCGUCAAUCAAGUUAAAUGAACCCAAACCACAUCCUUCAUAGAUAUCAGUGCUUUAAAUGUCAGAUUAUUUUUAUCAAUGUCAUGAAUUAUUCUUUGAGAAAUCAAGGAAAAUCCUGUUUUACUUUCUUAAAGAAAGAGAAGAAACUUGGAUCAACGAGUUCUUUCUCCACACGUCUUGAUUCCGAGUCCGGUGGGAAUUAGUUUGUUUUCUCCAACAGACGGAAUCCAUCUCAGUAAACAGAACCUUUGUUCUGUCGCUCCAGGAAAUGUAACUGAACUUAAUCGUCAUAUUUGUCUCUAUUUUUUAAAUGUUUGUCCAGAGCAGGUGAUGGUUUGAAUUACAUGAUUGUAUUGGAUGUGAUUUGCUAUGAAUUAGUCUUUCCAAUGCCAGUACAUGUGUAGUAACAUGUACAGGCCCAGUUCAUUGUAUAGAUCUGUCUGUGUUGAAAUGAGGAAUGUGAAUUCACUACACUGUUUUCUUUGUUCUCGUGAUAAUACGACUUUGUUCUUGAAGUCUGGUCCCGACUCUGACGUGCUGGAGGUUCCUCAGCAGCUUCCGUGUGUCUGAGGAAACAUUGGAUUGUUCUCUCACAUGCAGCUGAGGUGUAACGCAGCGUUUCCCUCUGAAGGAGAAGGAGAAGAGCUGCGAUCCAUCAGACGACUGAGCGGCUCCAUGUUGGUGGGUCUCCUUCCGGUUUCACAGUGACGUCGGUUUGAUUCCAUUGUGGCAUCUGUCAACAUAAAAUAAACCCAGCUGAUUGGGCAGAAAACAUCAGCCUUAAAGUGUGUCGGUGUCUUUUCAAAACCAUCUGCUAACAUGGAGCAGAUGGUUUAUGAGCUAUACUGUAGCCGAGCACCAGGGGGCGAUCCAGAUGUUCUGGCUUCAGUAUUUGGAGCUGUCAUGUCGUCCAUCUUUCUUUACAGCCUCUGAUUGGCUCCUGUAGGUGGGCGGAGCAGAGUCGUUCUCGAGAAGCCUUUGAACACGUUAGAAUCCUCAACACGUAGCUUUUCCUCCAAUAAUGUACAGAAAUCCUGUUUAUUGUACAGUCGGGCUCGGUCACGUGAUCUGAAGCCAUGAUGAUGAUGAUGAUGAUGAUGAUGAAUGAAUGAGGCAGAUGAAUUUUAUCGCUUUGUGCAAACAUGUAGAUUCUGAAUAAAUUAACUUUAACUUGU